AUUACAAAGGAGGGAGGAGGGUUUACACAGGAUAUAAAAGGAGAUUGUAACAGCGAGUCGAUUCAAGUUCAGAAGUACCUCCGAUUGGAGCUCAGAGGAGCCUGCCAAAGAAACCUAUACAAAUAAACACAGACGAGACAAAGAAGCUGAUCGCAGAGAUGGACAGUGGUGACAAGAGACAGACCGAAACGGUCCAGAGCACAGAAAGCGAUCUGUCAGAGCAAAUAAAGACCGCGACAAAGGAGAGCCACGUCAGAGCGGAGAACACGCAGCUUAUGCAGAGCUUCCAGAAGGGGCAAAUAACUCUGCCGCAGUAUAAGCUCCUCCUGUUCUCGCUGUAUGAGAUCUAUAACGCUCUGGAAGAGGAACUGGACAGAAAUGCCUCCCAUCCAAGCGUGGCACCAAUAUACUUUCCCCAAGAACUGGCCCGACUUGAGUCACUGAAGAAGGACCUCGCACACUUUUAUGGACAAAACUGGAGGGAGAGAGUCAUUGUCCCUGCAGCUACACAGAGAUACUCACAGAGGCUGAGACAGCUGGGCAAAGAAAAUCCAGAAUAUCUAGUGGCCCAUGCCUACACCCGUUACCUUGGAGAUCUGUCAGGGGGGCAGGUCCUGGGACGCAUUACCCAGAAGUCCCUGGGGCUGAUGAAUGGGGAGGGUCUGUCCUUCUUCUCUUUCCCUGGGGUGAGCAGCCCAAAUCGCUUCAAGCAGCUGUACAGAAGCAGGAUGAACAGCAUCGAGCUGACGGAGGAGGAGAGGAAGGGCCUGCUGGAGGAGGCGGUCAGAGCUUUCCAGCUCAAUAUCGAGGUGUUUGAUGACCUCCUGAAGAUGCAGAUCGCUGCAGAGCCCGAAGCAGGCGUGCGGCAGAGACACGGAGUUCAGAAUAACAACAUGGCUCUAGAGACGGACAAAAACCAUCCUAAAGAAGAUGUUCAGAUCAGUGGCAGCGAUUUGUCAGAGCAGAUCAAGGCCGCGACAAAGGAGAACCACGUCAGGGCGGAGAACACCGAGCUCAUGCUGAGCUUCCAGAGGGGGCAGAUAACCCUGCCACAGUAUAAGCUCCUCCUGUUCUCGCUGUAUGAGAUCUAUAACACUCUGGAAGAGGAACUGGACAGAAAUGCCUCCCAUCCAAGUGUGGCACCAAUAUACUUUCCCCAAGAACUGGCCCGACUUGAGUCACUGAAGAAGGACCUCGCACACUUUUAUGGACAAAACUGGAGGGAGAGAGUCAUUGUCCCUGCAGCUACACAGAGAUACUCACAGAGGUUGAGACAGCUGGGCAAAGAAAAUCCAGAAUAUCUAGUGGCCCAUGCCUACACCCGUUACCUUGGAGAUCUGUCAGGGGGGCAGGUCCUGGGACGCAUUACCCAGAAGUCCCUGGGGCUGAUGAAUGGGGAGGGUCUGUCCUUCUUCUCUUUCCCUGGGGUGAGCAGCCCAAAUCGCUUCAAGCAGCUGUACAGAAGCCGGAUGAACAGCAUCGAGCUGACGGAGGAGGAGAGGAAGGGCCUGCUGGAGGAGGCGGUCAGAGCUUUCCAGCUCAAUAUCGAGGUUUUUGACGAUCUGCAGAAGAUACUGAGCUUUACCGAGAGCCGACCUGACGUGCACCACAAACACUCUACUCUCAACACAUCGGGAGGUAACCUGCGGACACAAGCCCCAUCCUCACUCGUCCCUUCUUCCCUUCUUCGGUUAAUUCUGGGCAUCUGCGUUGCCUUAGCAACGGUGGGACUCGGAAUAUACGGAUUUUGAAACGUUUUUUUUUUAUUAUUAUUGAACCAUAGAGGAAGUGAAUAACAGGCACUUAAAGCUGCUGAUUCUUAGCUGCUUCUCAAACGUUGCUUAAAAUAUUAAUGCAGUUACACGUUCCCUGCAAGUACUUGGCUGCACGGUAUAGCCCGUCUCUUCCCCUUCUGGGAUUGCUCCAGUUUAAAACGUAGCAUCUUGAUGAUAACCCAGCACUUUUAGUGUAAUAUGUAGCUCCAGUAUGCAAAUAACUCAGUUGGAGAGAGAGUGUGUGUGUGUGUGUGUGUGUGUGUGUGUGUGUGUGUGUGUGCGUGUGGUUUGGGGCUGGAACCACCUAUGCAGUUUGUAAACACAACACUGUGUCUGGACAACAAUCAAUGCAUUUAAAACAGACUUAAUGUAUUCUGAACCUAUCUUUUUAUACAGUAUUUCUAACAAAAAUGAUUUGCAAAAGAUAUCAUGCAUUUGUUUGUUCUUGAUAUUGUGUAAUUUUUAACAUUUGUGUGUCAACAGAAUUAAGUAACUUUAUAUUUUCUAAUAAAACGAUUCCAUUAUG